AUGAACUCCGCCACUAUGCCGCCGCCGCACGUUGCUUUCAUCGCCUUCCCGUUCGGCUCCCACCCGCUCUCGAUCUUCCAAAUCGCCCGAACCGUCGCCGCCGCCGCCCCCUCCGCCGUCGUCUCCUUCCUGGCCACGCAACGCGCCCUCUCCUCUCUUCCCCCAGCUGACGACACCCCCAACCUCCGGUACGUCCCAGUCGCUGACGGCCUUCCUCCGGACGCCUCCUCCCCUCCAACCAAGGACAUCCUCCACCAGAUUGCGCUAUUCGUCUCGUCGACCCCCGGUAACCUAAAGCAGGGCAUCUCCGCUGCGGUCGAAGCCAACGGCGGCGUGCCGGUGAGCUGUAUUUCCGGCGACUCGUUCAUGUGGAUGUCAGCCGAUGUGGCGGCGGAGAUGGACGUGCCGUGGAUCCCGCUGCAUGCGGCGAGCUCCGCUGCUUUCCUCGCUCAUCUCCACACCGAUCUGCUCCGCCAGAAGUUCGGCGUCGACGGCGCGGUCGGCCGUGAGGAGGAGCUUCUAGACUUCAUUCCCGGCCUCGAAGGUCACCGGGUCCGAGACCUCCCCGAGGGAAUAAUCGCUGGUGGCAUCGAUUCCCCCGUCUCCGAUCUCUGCUACCGCAUGGGUCAACGGACCCCCAAAUCCACCGCCGUCGUUUUCAACACCUUCGAUGGCCUCGACUCCGCGAUCGAUGCCAGUUUAGCCUCCGCCUUAACCAGAUACCUUCCGAUCCCCUUUCACUUCUCGUCGUCCUCGCCGGCGGCGGACCCCAACGGCUGCCUCCCCUGGCUCGACCGCCAGGCCCCUACCUCGGUAGUCUACGUGAGCUUCGGCUCCAUCACAACCCCGCCGCUGGCAGAGCUCGCCGAGCUAGCGGAAGGCCUCGAAGCCAGCGGUGUGCCAUUCAUAUGGUCUCUCAAGGAGGCGUCGUGGGAAUGCCUGCCGCCGGGGUUCCUGGCGCGUGCGGCGGCGGCGGGGCAGGGAAUGGUGGUGGGGUGGGCGCCGCAGCAGGCAGUGCUGGGCCACGCCGCGGUGGGUGGGUUCGUGACGCACACCGGGUGGAACUCGGUGAUGGAGGCGAUCGCCGCCGGCGUGCCAAUGAUUGGCCGUCCGAUCUUCGCCGACCAUUUCAUGGCCUCGCGGUCGAUGACUUUGGAGUGGGGGAACGGGAUGGGGUUCGAGGGGGAAGUGAUGACGAAGGAGGGGGUGGUGCAGGCUCUGGAUGCGCUGAUGAGAGGGGAGAAAGGGAGGCAACUGAAGGCGCGAGCGAAGGAGCUCAAGGACGCGGCCAUGGCGGCGGCGGCGCCCGGUGGUAGCUCCCACAAUAAUUUCGAGACCAUGCUCCAGUUGAUGCUCGGAAGUCAUAAAUAA